AGAUCUCCUCGAGAUACAAUAUUGACCAUGGCACGUGUAAAACAUUAUUGCUUACUGUUGUUUUGGGUAGAUUUUAAUUAAGAUGUAAGACUUAGUUAGCAUUUAAGCAUUUUAUUAUUGUACUCAAUUCUAUGUAAAUGACGUUGCUAAUACUUGUUUACCACAAGUAUUAGGAUAUGCUAGCUUGCAUUCUUGUACUAUAAAACCCCAAUGAAACAGCGAGUAUGUAUUCAAUUGCUCUUACUUGUUUUACCCGUGCAAGUACUGUUUAUAAAAGUGUUAUAUUAAAUUGAAUCAAAUCUAUCUUGGCAGUUUAUUUAUUUUACUAAAGUCUAAAUCAUUUAAUUACUAUAUUUCGUAUACUGUUAAGAUAGUGUUUGUAUUGAACCCUACAGUUCAUUACAUAUUUGGUGUCAGAAGAAGUUAACGGCUUGAAUUUUUUUUUUUUGAACGUCAAAAAAAAAUAUUCGUUAGGAAAAGUCAAGGACUUUUCGAAAGCCGUGCCACACUCGUUGUCCAGCCGAGCCGCCCAGCCAAGCAGCCUAGCCAAGCAACCAAUCCGCCCAGCCAAGCAGCCCAGCCAAGCAGCCCAGCCACACAGCCAAGCUGUCCACCAACAACCAGAGUGUCAAGUCGUGUAUACCAGCCACAAAAAUCAUGUCGAACGCUUUAUUAUUGUAAGUCAUUGGAUUUAUAUAGCUUAUGUCCGAUAGUGAUAGUUGGAAGGUAGUUGAAUACGACCCAGACCAGUUGGUGAUUAGGUUAAAAAAUAUACUAGGAACCAAGACCAAAAUGGCUAACGAUGCUUUACUAACUUUAAAUUCAGCCAUUAAAAUGGUACCACAUUUUUCUGGGGGGUCAGAAUCAGAAUUAACAUGUUUUGAAUCUAGAUGUAAAUUUAUCAUGGAUAAUAUAGACCCGAUAUAUAAAUUAAAACUUAUUGAGGUUAUUAAAACUCAAUUAUCAGGUAGAGCUUUCGAAGUUAUUAGGUACCGUGAUGUUAAAACACUUAAUGAUCUUCUUAAAAUAUUGCGCGAAAAUUUUGGCGCUACUCAUUCCAUCACAUUCUUACAAGCGCAACUCAGUUCAUUAAGGCAAGGAUAUAAAGAAAGCGCGCAAACUUAUUUUUCUCGAGUUGAGGAAACAUAUCAAAAAUUAAUACAAGCAUCUACUAUAGAUAAAACGAGCAUAGAAAGAAACGCGAUAGCAGAAACAAUAAAAUCUCAUGCGCUUUCAGUUUUUAUAAAUGGCAUAAAUUCAAAUUUAAGAAUUAUUUUAAAAGCGCGUAAUCCUACAACUCUGGAAGGAGCCAUUUCCAUUGCUGUAGAAGAAGAAAAAAGUGUUGAGCCGCGCAAUUUUUACAAUAACGGCGCAAAUAAAUAUAAAAAUAACAAUAAUAAGUAUACAAAAAAUUCUAAAGAUAAUGAUAGGGAUAAAAAGAAUAUCCGCUGCUAUCGAUGCAACCGUGAAGGUCACGUCCAAGGAGAAUGUAGGACAAAAGAAGAGAACUUACCAAAAUUUACUAACCCAGCGUAUAAUAGGAGUACAAAUAUUAAACGGGAAAAUAAAGAUAACAUUAAAACGUGUGCUUAUUGUAAGAAGCCUAACCACGAAAUUAAAUUCUGCAGGAAACGCAUUUUUAACGAAAAAAAGAAAAAUGAUAAUUCGAACGAUAAUGGUGACGAAGACACCUCGGGCUCAAACCGAUCAGUACAGGAAAUUAAAAAUAACGUGCGAGUAGUUACAGAAAUAAUAGACGAACAUAUAAUAUAUAGUGGCGCGCAAAUGAACAUUAUUAAAAUAGACUCGCUAAAAGACGAUCUUAUCAUAAACGAAGAUGAAAAACGGCAACUACAGGGAAUAUCGGCAACGCGC